CGUUUCCUUUGGCGCUCUUGCCACCGGAUCCGGAAGCAGAGGGGCUGCCUUGGAAAGCCACAAGGGGAGGCUUCAUGGCGGCGCUCUUCAGGCUGGGCUUGCUUAUGGGCAGGGCAGUGAGCAGCCAACUUCUACCGGUUCCUCCUACUAGUGCAGUUGCAGUGAGGUUUGCAUCAAAGAAGAGUGGAGGCAGCUCAAAAAAUCUUGGGGGAAAAAGUCCUGGGAAACGUUAUGGCUUUAAAAAAACAGAAGGCACAUUUGUUCACGCAGGCAACAUAUUGGCGACCCAACGAGUGAUGCGUUGGCACCCAGGAGCUCAUGUGGGGAUAGGCCGUAACAAGUGGCUGUAUGCACUAGAAGAUGGGAUUGUGCGCUACACCAAGGAAGUCUAUGUGCCACUUCCCCGAAAACCAGAGAGCCGGGAGAUGAUCCCUCUGUUACCCAGAGGAGCAGUGCUGUACAAAACUUUUAUUAACGUGGUCCCUACUGUUGAGGUGGGGAGCUUCAAGUUGGUCAACAUGCUUUGAAGCUCACAGCACAGGACUGCUCGUCGAGCCCUGAUGGUUCUACAAGGCCUGAUUCACGCUGAGUGAUUCUCGUUCGGCUCCUGUGACUGCUGGUUGGUUAAAGCUGGAGAACAAGGCAACAUGUCAGCACCUGUAGUAAUACAUUAACAUGCGGUCUGGAGGUCACUAUUGUGCUGUCAGUGAAAUAAAUUGUCGAGGCUGGUUUUCAAAACUACAA